AUGCACCAAUACUACCUCCUUGUCCUUCUUCCCACGGCCUUGGGUUGUUUGAAUGCGAACUCAAACUCUUGCGCCAGCUACAUCAAGUCCAAUGCUGCGGCUUCUACCUUCUGCGCUACUUUCACGAAGAGCACUGUCACUGCAACAACUGCUCUCCCUGCUUGGGCUACCAAUUGUUCGAACAAGCCUAGUCUUAUCUCCGCUGAAUGUACUUGUAACUACAGCGGUGCCGGAGGCAGCUCGCCGAGCACGACGCUCAAGACCACCACUACUCAGGGUGGUGCUGUAGUCACUCCGACUGGAGUCACCACCACUCUUCCCAAGUCUUCUGGGGCUACCUCUACCAGCAAGCCUAUAACCGUCUCCGCUGGACAAUCUUACGAUGGUGGUAUGAAGAAGUUUGACCGAAGUCCCAGGGUUUGCGCCGAGCAGGACGAGACCGGUGAGGCAGAUGCCAUGUUUGUCCUAGAGAAUGGCGCUACCCUCUCAAACGUAAUCAUCGGACCUGACCAAGCUGAGGGUGUUCACUGCAAGGGAACAUGCAACAACGUCUGGUGGGAAGAUGUCUGUGAAGAUGCUCUUACUUUGAAACAGUCCAGCGGAACCUCUUACGUUAAUGGCGGCGGUGCCUUCAAAGCAUCCGACAAGAUUGUUCAGUUCAACGGUUUUGGAACCGUCAGUAUCAAGAGCUUCUACACCAACGACUAUGGUAAGGUUGUCCGAAGCUGCGGCAACUGCAGUGGCAAUGGCGGGGCCCGUCACAUACUCAUGGACAAUGUCAUUGCCACUGAUGGCGGCGUUCUCUGUGGUAUUAACACCAACUACGGUGAUACCUGCAUCGUGACCAACAGCUGCCAAGACAGUAACAAGAUCUGCGACCGAUACACGGGCAACAAUAACGGUGCUGAACCUCCGAAAAUCGGUUCUGGACCUGACGGUACCUACUGCAAGGCAACUGGCUUCACCACUGCCUGCUGA